AUGGCUUGGAAUCCUGCCGUCAAGAGCGACUGCUCUAACCUCGUGGCGGGAGAUGCGUAUUGCGUCAAUGGAGACACUAGCCCUUCCUCUUCUUCACCAUCCACGAGAUCUGCCGUUCCAACACGUGCGUCUGCUUCAGCAUCUUUACCACUACGCUUCAACCAUCGGACUACAAAGAGCUGCCUCAAGUGGUAUGUCGUUCAGUCAGGGAAUAUCUGCUACUAUAUUGACAACGCCAACGGAAUUUCGUUCACGCAAUUCAGAGCAUGGAAUACAGGUGUAGAUGCUGGGUGUAGUAAUAUUAUACCAGGUGUGGCAUACUUUGUCAGUUCAGCAGCGGUGACAAAAGCCAAGACAGGCGAGAUUGAGGUGGAGCCUGUUUGGAAGGAAAUGCUGCCUCCAAAAUUUCCGGGAGUUGACAGAGCGUUUGAUGAGAUUGUAACGGAGGAAGAGUAG